AUGCAUCCUUUUUUCCGCGUUUCAUCAUCCUAUGGUCGUUGCAAGCAAAAGGGCAUGGCAAGAGCAUUAAUGCCAUAUCUAUCAGUAUUGUUGCUUUCAUGUGGAAUAGUAAUUCGUGAGUGUGAGGGCCAAGAACCCAAGGCAUUGCCUCCAGCAGCGGACAGUUGUGACGGGAUUUUCAUUUCCUAUGACUUUCUCACUCGAACCAAAGAGUUCCCUCACGUGAAGAAUGUGACGGCACAGUCGUGGGCCUUCAAAUCCACCGCAACAGUUCUAAACACGGGCAAAGAAGUGGUUAAAGCGUGGAAGUUGUUCAUAGAGUUUCAACAUGACGAGAUUCUAGUCUCUGUCAGUGGAGGUAUUUUAGAUGAUGGAACCGAGUUCCCGGCUUCGGUUGGAAAUGGAACUACCUUUGUUGGAGCGUCUGUGCCAGACUUGGAUAGCGCAAUCAACACAGCUCAAGAUUUAGACCAAAUUCAAGCUGUCAUCCAGCUUAUUGGCACCCAGUUUGGAGUCAAGCCUCCUACGCCUCCUAUGCCAAAAACCAUCAAGUUGUUAAACGAUGGUUACAGGUGCCCCAAACCUUCUACCCAAAAGAGUUCCAUGUAUGCAUGCUGCAAAAAGGACCCUAAAUUCAAGCCUACAGUUCAGAAGACAAAAUUCUUGGAACGACAGAAAGGAGAUCUUCCCAUAUCCUACGACGUUACUCAAGUGUAUGACAAUAAUUAUAUGGUUCAGGUGACGAUUGAGAAUGAACACUUUUUGGGACGGUUGGAUCAUUGGAACUUGACCUGGGUGUGGACAAGAGGGGAAUUUAUAUACUCUAUGAAAGGUGCAUUCACACGUGAGAUAGAGUCCACAGGUUGCAUCAGUGGUGAGGCAGGAAGGUAUUACAGGGACAUGGAUUUCUCUAAAGUGCUUAACUGUCAGAAGAAUCCUAUAUUGAGUGACUUGCCUCCAGAGAAAUAUAACGACGAUGAAAUCGGAAAGAUACCUAACUGUUGCAAAAACGGAACUCUUUUACCUAUCGUCAUGGACCCUAGCAAAUCCAAGUCUGUUUUUAUAAUGCAAGUCUUCAAAAUUCCACCUGAUUUAAACAAAACUGCGAUCUUCCCUCCAGAGAAAUGGCAAAUAACGGGCAUUCUGAACCCGACCUACAAAUGUGGAUCACCUAGAAGAGUGGAGCCAACACGAUUUCCAGACCCUAGAGGACUUGAAGCAACGGUUAUUUCCAUUGCAAGUUGGCAAAUAAUCUGCAAUAUCACUGCGCCAACCAAAAAGAGUCGUUGUUGUGUUUCUUUCUCUUCUUUCUACAAUGAGUCUGUGGUCCCUUGCAACACAUGUGCCUGUGGCUGUGAUGAUAAUACCAAAAAAUGUAAUCCCAAUUUACCACCAAUGCUUCUCCCUCCAGAAGCUCUUCUUGUACCCUUUGACAAUAGGUCACAGAAGACAGUUGCUUGGGCCAAACUCAAGCAUUUUACCAUCCCCAAAAAACUACCAUGUCCUGACAACUGUGGAGUCAGCAUCAACUGGCAUGUGGUUUCCGAUUACAAAGGUGGGUGGAGUGGCAGAAUCACUCUGUUCAAUUGGAAGACUAGCGAUUUUGCCAAUUGGUACACUGCACUCCAAUUCAAGAAGACUCCUCUUGGUUACCAAAAAGCAUAUUCUUUUAAUGGAACAUUCAUGCCAACGCUCAACCAUACUAUUUUCUUGCAAGGAUUGCAAGGAUCAAAUUAUCUAAUAGCUUUAGACAAUGGAACAAACCCACCUGUGCCAGGGAAACAACAAUCUGUUCUUUCCUUUACCAAGAAGUAUUCACAGAAUAUACAAAUUGCAAAAGGCGAUGGGUUCCCUUCAAAGGUCUUUUUUAACGGUGAACUGUGUUCCCUCCCUACCCGAAUCCCUGUCAGAAGUGGAAAUCAACCUACUGUGGAUUUAGUAUACCAACUACUGCUUUUGGCUUUAGCUUAUUCAAUUAGUGAACUAGUGUAUUGA